UGUGGAGGCGGAGUUAGGGGUCGGCGCCAUUUUGUUCUACAGAAAGAACAGUGCGCUGAAGGACACUUCUUUUCAAGAGCCCUAGCUCUAGUCUUCUUAUCUGUAGAAUUUAAUAUCUAUCUAUGAUAAGAAAUGGCCAGCUCUGAAUUUACAUAUAAACUGACCGACGAGGACAUAAAAAAUCUGAUACGGUUGCGGACAACAAACGCAUUGCUGUUUACCAGGAAAAGAAAUGCAGCCAAGGCAGCUUGGAGUGCAAUUAUUAGGGAGUUGGGUUUGGAUGACAAGGUAACAGUUGAGCAGAUUGCCAAGAAAUGGGAAAACCUGAAGCUGAAAUACAAGGAAAUAAAAUAUCCUCCUCCUGGAAUGGAGGCAGUCUCAAGAUCCUCUCAGUGGAGAUGGUUUAAACUCCUGGAUGAAGCAUUAAAGGAUGAGUUUUCUCCUGAUGACAGCUUUCACUCAAUGACUUCAUCAGCAGGUGACGAUGACUGUGGCCCGCAGUCCAGCAAGAGGAUAUGCCAGGUGAAAGUAGGAAGUGAUGUAUUAGAGCUACUGGUGGACGAUGACAGUAUAACACGGGUCGGAGACUCGGGACCAACUGUGCUAAGCCAGGAGAGACUUCUGGGAGAGGAGAAACCGACAAUGCUUCCAGGCCUGGACAGUGAGCGGGCCAGAUUAGCCCAAGAACGACAGUUUCUCGAAAAGGAGCUUGAAGAAUUGGAUAGAGAAAGGCUGGUAUUAGAGAGAGAGAAGGAUCUGGCUGACCGUGAGAAGCUGGCACUCCAGAGAGACCGGGCUCAGUUGGAGAAGGACAGAGCCGCCGUAGACAGAGACAGAGCGUCACUGGAACAGGACAGAGCCCGGCUUGAGAAAGACAGGGCAGCAUUAGAGAGGGACAAGGCGGCACUUGUGAGAGACAGAGAGACACUGAAAACCGAGAACCAAGGCAAAAACUCUAUCGACUGCACUCUAGACACGCCCCAUGAGAAGAACAGAGAAAAAUUAAUUGUCCUGUUUGAGAAAUUGAUUGAAAAGUUUUGAGAUUGCAAAAGAUCUGGUGUUAUCAUUGGUUAAAUUGGUUCGUUUUUCAGAGUAGUUCCAGAUUUUUUUAAACGUUUUCCACAUAAGCAAGAAAGAUUUUUUUUAAGUUUAAAGUCAGAUUUUAAAAUGUAUAAAUGUUCCAAAUCUCUUUUGGGUUAAUUUCUAAAGCAAGUACCUCUAUUAUUUCGCUAUAAUAUAAAAUUCAAGCAGCAGUGAUUUUCAACGUAAACUUUUUUAAGUGGCCCAUUGUAAUAUAUCAGCAUGACUCAACAUGUUUUUUUGUAUUGCGUUGCUACUUGUAGAUUUGAUUACAGGGAAAUUAACUGUUUAAUAUUCUGACUGUCAGAUUAUUUACAUGUAUGUACUUGAAUGGAAAAUUACUUGUUUGCUUUGUCUAUCCUUUGUUAAAGACAAAUGUCAGAAGCUUUAUUGUAAA